AGCGUCCUUUCGGAUCGCCUCGUCCGAUCGCUCCUCCCGUCUCGCAAGAAAGCGUUCUGAAGAAACCAGCGCGGAAGGCGGCCACCGACAGCAUCUGAACGCACGAGUGGACGACGUGCCUCGGAGCAAAACAACUGGUCGUACCGACGGUGGCUGCCGGACUUUUGGUCGGGAGGAGGCGCCUGACCCACUCGUCCAACAAGCGCCAGGAGACUCGGCUGUCGCCUCAGACCGGCGAUGAACGUGCCCGAGGGCACCCCGAUGGACACGAGCGUGUCGGCCGUGGAGCAAGCCCGCUGCCUCCCGCCUGGCAGGCUGCGCCAGGAGUACCUGGACCUCCUUGAGCUGCUCGGCCACGGCCGCUUCCAGCUCAGGGUCCUCUUCUGCGCCCACCUGUCCCUCGUCAUGUUGCUGUUCCACAACUGGUCUGCGCACGUGCUGACGCAACCCGUGGACCACUGGUGCAAGCCGCCCGCGCUGUUCGCCCACCUGACGCGCGACCAGUGGCUCAACGUAAGCGUACCAAUUGUGGAGGACUCGCACGGCAACCGGCACCACAGCCAGUGCGCCAUGUACGAUCUCAGCACCAUCGUGUUCAACGGUUCCCGCUUGGAGGUGCCCUGCGACGCGUGGGACUACGACCUGCCGCCCGACACCAACACGAUGGUGUCCAAGUGGGACCUGGUGUGCGAGCGCGCGUCGUACGUGCCGAUGGCGCACGCGUACUACACGGUGGGCGGCGUGCUGGGCGCCCCGCUGCUGGGGCAGCUGGCCGACCGCGCCGGCCGCCGGCCCGUGGUGUUCGGCGGGCUGCUGCUCUCCAUGCUGUCGGUGUUCGUGGCGACGGCCGCCGACUCGUUCACCCCGUUCGUGGCCGCCCACGCGAUCGUCGCCCUGUCCGCGACCGCCGUCCACGUGCUCACCUCCGUCCUGCUCUUCGAGAGCUCGUCCUCGGCCUACCGGACGCUCUACAUCGCGGCCGCGGAGACGGGCGCCCCGCUGAUGCACGCCGCCUCGCUGUGCCCGUGGCUGCAGGGCAUGGACCUGCGCUUGGCGCGGAUCACGCUCGUCCUGAGCAUGAUCCUGCUGUCGCUCGCCUUCCACGCGGUGGCCGAGUCCCCCCGCUGGCUGCUCGCCGUGGGCCGCUACGACGCCCUGACCGCGGUGCUGGCACGGCUCGCCCAGGCUAACGGCGUCCAGCUCGGCGACGUCUGGCGCCUGGUACACUACGCCGAGGUCGUCAAGCCCCUGCAGGCGGGCAGGCCAUUUCGGCUCUCCGACGUGCUGCUGCUUCCGGAGCUGCGCUCCCGCACGGUGGCGCUGUCGGUGGUGUGGUUCUGGUGCUCCUUCACCGUCAACUCGAUUGCCCUGGUGCGACCUAGAUCGACGACGGGCAUGCUGAACCUGGCGCUCGCGCUCCUGAUGCUGGUGCCCGUGUACGCCACGGGCUACCCGCUGGUCACCAGGUGGCCCCGCUGCACGAGCCUCCACGUGGCUCUGAUGGUGGCGUCCGUGGUUGCGGCCACAGCGGGAGCCGCCGCCUACUACGAGAACACGCUCAUCGUCGAAUACCUGGUGGACCUGCUGUUAGCUGUGACCCAGCUGUGCUUGCUGGUGGCCAAGCUGCAGACGUACGAGUGCUUCCCAAGCGCCGUCAGGGCCACUGCUGUGCACACGGCGGCCGCAACGGGAUGCCUCGGACAGGGCGCCGCCCAGUUCCUGGUGGACGCCGCGCAAGCCGCUCACGUCACCUCGGCCCUCGUGGCUGUCGCAGUGGGCCUCCUGGUCUGCGGGCUGGCCAUCCACUGGCUACCCGAGACCAAGGACGUCGAGCUGCCCGAAGUGCAGAGGGAAGUCCUCGCGCAGGGAAUGCAGCAGCAGGCUUCGUCGCCGUCCAAAGAACCAAUGCUCCCGGCGGUGAGCGUCGACAGUAUGCCGCCGGCCACGCGCCAGCGGGCCCCCUCCACAGCCGACAACGCCGCCGCAAAGAACUGAAGCGCGCGGAAACGUCUGCCGCGAGGCAGGUCGCUCUACCUUAGGUCCCGGCAAUGUCACGUCGGAGAAUACGGACUCAGCUAGGUGGCAUUUGAGCAGGACCCAAAGGCACCAUCGCGACCUCCUGUGCGUGUACUCCACGCUGGUGGUGUUUUAUUUUAUGUUUUGAUGUGUUCUUUUCCUUCUGAAAUUUGAGGACCCGAUGGCGCUUCAUCUGUCGAAGUUCGUGUAAAACGUACGCACGUGAAUUACGACACCGGUGCUUUCUAGCGUUAGCCAGCACGCAGUGAGCGUUUACUUGUGGUUGCUGGGAAAAAAAGCACUUACUACCGUGUUCUUAUUUGUAACUGUAUUUGUCAAAUAUUGUUCAUUCUGCCAUAGAAA